ACUGUAGAACGUGGUACAGUCUGACCACUAGUUUAACCCCAACAGCCAGCUAGCAAGACUCGCAAGCUUCAGAAUGAAAACCAAACGUCGUGAUAGUCUAUAAUUUAGUGUCACUCACAAUUAUCCAUAUUUGUCUUAUUUCAUUCACAGAUUAUUUUUUUUUUACACUUUUUGUACAAUUCUAGCCAAGAUGUCAGCUCCGAAGAAGGGAGAUCUAUCUUCCACCGAGAGGGAAUUAUUCGUAGUUAUUGCUGCAGGAAAUGUUCAAGAAGCCUCAAGAUUAUUGGGAUGCAAGGAUGUCAGAGUCAACUGUUUGGAUGAGAAUGGGAUGACUCCCCUCAUGCACGCUGCAUACAAGGGCAAGGCGGACAUGUGCAAGCUGCUACUGCAACACGGGGCAGAUGUGAACUGUAAUGAACACGAGCAUGGCUACACGGCACUGAUGUUCGCUGGGCUAUCAGGUAAGACUGAUAUCACCUGGAUGAUGUUAGAUGCAGGAGCGGAGACCGAUGUGGUCAACUCCGUCGGGCGAACAGCUUCUCAGAUGGCUGCGUUUGUCGGGCAGCACGACUGUGUGACGGUGAUCAACAACUUCUUCUCGCGGGCCAAGCUGGAGUAUUACACCAAACGCCAGGGGCUGGAGAAGGAGCCCAAGCUGCCCCCCAAACUGGCAGGGCCCCUCCACAAGAUCAUCAUGAGCACCAACCUCAACCCCGUCAAGAUGGUGCUUCUGGUGAAGGAGAACCCGGUGCUGGCCGAGGCAGGGGCCCUGGAGAAGUGCCGGCGGGUGAUGGAGCUGAUCUGUGAGAAGUGUGUGAAGCAGCAGGACAUGAAUGAGGUGCUGGCCAUGAAGAUGCACUACAUUAGCUGUGUGCUGCAGAAGUGUGCCUCCUUCCUCAAGGAGCACGACGACAAGCUGGAAGGACUCAUCAAGAGCUUGUUGAAGGGACGGGACAGUGACGGCUUUCCGCUGUUCCAGGAGAAGUUCAUUAGAGAGUGCAUCCGCAAGUUCCCCUACCGCGACGCCACACUGCUGCAGCAGCUGGUCCGAAGUAUCGCUCCCGUGGAGAUCGGUAACGAUCCGACAGCCAUCUCAGUUUUGACCCAGGCUAUAACAGGACAGGUGGGCUUCAUGGACGCAGAGUUCUGUACCACCUGUGGGAAGAAGGGAGCAGAGAAGAGAUGCUCCAUCUGUAAAAUGGUGAUAUACUGUGCCCCAGCCUGCCAGAAAAUGCACUGGUUCACCCAUAAGAAGGUCUGCAAGCAGCUUCAGGAGCAGCGAGAAAAGCACGAGGCAGAGUCAGCCAAGCUGAUGGAGCGACAGAGGAAAGAGCAGAGCCAGGUGGUAGAGUCGGCGACAGGCUCCAUGCAGGACCUCUCAGUGGGACCCAAUGAAGACUCCCCGUCCCCCUCUGACAACCAAGCAGACCUCCCUCCCCCCAGCCCUGUCUCCACCACUCCAGACACAGAGAACUGAAGGGGGGCCUGUAAGUGACGUCCCACACAGGUGCACAAUGCCUAUACACCCUGCUGUCUCCCCUACUCCAGGUCUACACUGUUGUCCUAGAAGGUCUAAGGGAGGCCUGCCGUGUAAGGCCCAACAGUUAACCUGGGGAUGGAGUAAGCAGGAGUUUCACACAAGCUUAAGGCCUAAACCCAUGGGAAAGGAUCCCUUAUUUAUUGAUGAUCUGACAUUGUUUUCCAUCAAAGCAACGUAACCUUAUUGCACACGAUGGAAGAAGGGUUAGGGUCACGAGUGUCUAUGCUUUUUUUAUUAUAUAUAUAUAUAUAUGUGUUUUUUUUUUUCAUCAUUCAAUGUUAAAUGUCUAUGUAGACUAAUAUAAUUAUGUUGAUGGUUUUUGUUCAAGAAUAAUGGAAAGGGCUUCAGGGAGUGUUAUGUAAAGAAGUAGUAGUAGAUUUAAUUGCUAUUCUAUUUGUUCAUGUCCUUAUAAAACAAAUAAUUCUGUCUAGUCAUUUCCCUAGUUAAUAGAUAAAGGACAUUGUUUUCAAACAUACAGGAAAGUGGCUUGAAUUGGCCAAGAACAACAUUAUUUUGAAGUGACUAUAUAACCUCCUGAAAAAGCAACUUGGCAAAUCCCUCUAACAAUGUUGCUGUUUUGUUGAAUACUGAUGUUUCAAAGAUGUCAAAUGUCUGAUUGUACUACAACAGAAUAAACACCACAGUACUGUC